AUGGUAAGUUUUGAUAAACAAUAUGAGACAGAAACUGACGCUGCCGGCGCCCCAAGCGAAGAGGCUGACCUGGAAACUGUGGGAAACAGAGGAAGAGGAGGUCAAAAGAAGCUGGAGAGAAGGAAAUUGAAAUUGAAGGGAAGAAAAGCACUAAGAAUGAGAGGAAAGGAAAGAGUUGCUCUUAUCAGAAGGAAUUGUGAAGUUGAUUGA